AUGUCGGGCGAAUCCCCCGAGGCGAAGGAGAAGCGGCUCGUAGGGAACGUCCAGAUUCGCAUCCUCCAAGCCGCGAACAAGGAGGACAAGCUGAACGAGCUGCUCACAAAGUACCUCUGUGCCCUAUUGCUGAAGGCGACGAGUGACUAUGCAUCGGUCCGCAACGAGGUCAUUCAAUUUGCCGGAAAAUUAAAGGGCUUGAUUGUCCACCCGAGUGGCGAUAGCAUCAUUCUCCCCGUUGAGAAGCUCAUUGACCAGUACCGGGAGGCCGACUCAUCAAUCCUUCGGGUGCUGGACAUUUCAUUCAUCCAACACAGCAUUCUACGACUGGAAGACUAUGACAGACGCCUUCUUUUCCCCAAAGUGGCCAAGGGCAUCUCUUCGCAGAAGCAGGGUCCCACGCAAGCAUCCAUGUUCAAUGUCCUCUUGAAGAUCAUCCCGGACAUACAGAUUCCCUCCCGCGGCAGUGAAGAAGACGUUGCUUUUAGAGAAACAAGCGGUCUUUCUGAUGACGCUGACGCACUCUUCGUCGCCAAGUGGCUUGGCAAGGUGCUUCUCCUGCGAAUCCCCGGCGGCGCGGAGCCCACCCGUCAAGAUUUUGAGAGGUUGAACCCAGCCCUCCUGUCCGCGGACUUGGACUUUCUGAAGCCCGAGCAGCGCGACACCGCGCCAGCGUUCCAAAAAAUGCAGGAUUUACGACGGAAGAUUGCGCAGUUGUUGGCCAGCGGCGCGUUCAAGGACGAAGAGAGGCUGCUGCCCGCUCUGUCUGCAGCGGCCAACCCCGACUAUCAAGUUUCACAAGCCGGAGAGGAUAUUCUCAAGAGAAUGACCAUCGACUUUGAGAAGGCGUCAAUCAUCGAGGAGUUGUAUAAUGCACACGCCCGACUUCCUGCGCCUCACCGCAUCAGAAUCCUGCCUCUCCUGUCAAAGUCAAAGCUGGCCACCACCAUGCAAGAUAACAUCAUGUCUGUGGUCACUCUCGACUUUGGCACAGAGACGACAUCCAUCGCCCCGGCUCAUCUUCAAGCAGCUAGCGGUCUCGAGCGCACAAGACUCCACAAGGCACUAUUCUACUUCCUUAACUGGACGGCGACGAUCGGGCCAUCUCAAGCCCCUUUUACUAUUGGACCCAAACUCAUCGACAAGAUGCGCACUUACGUUGAAGAGCAAGGCUGGCCCAUUUCACGCACAUUGUCAGCAGACGAGGAGAAGCUUCGUGCGAUGGCAUACGACCUUCUCGGUGUCCUUGGCGCAGGCAGUCCUUCUAGCGUACAAGAUAAGCUUCAUCUUGUCGGCUGGCUUUUCAGGUCUCUAUCCGAGGAUCCCAGCGCAGAAGCGGUGUCUGCCAUUGAGGGUUCGCUGUCAGGACUGACUAGGAGCUUCGAUCCCAAGACGGUCAGCGGCGAUGGGCGUGGCAGCGGGAUGAUUAGUCUGAUCUCUCUUCUCCUGCACUACAUGAACCUGCCCGAGGAUAACCCUGCCGUGCGGAGCGCGAGAUUCUCGGCCGUCAAGUGGGCAAACCAGACUGUCGCAUCCUGGGAUGAGAGGGGUAGAUGGAUCGACAUCCUGGCGAUUGCUGGUCGUCAGGGUGAGCGCACGGAGGUCAUUGAGGAGGGCCGCAAGGGAUUGGACCCGUGGACGUACCGUGACAGCGAGGCGCACACGAUGCCGAACUGGAUCUCGCUGAUGACCUAUUUUUUCUGCGACAAGAUCACCGACGACGUUACCAGUACCGAGUGGAGCAACUCGACGCCGCCGAAGCUCGAGUUCGACGACAGAAGAACGAUGCAGAACUUCGAGGGCGACAAGGUGUUUGCAUACCCCGUCGCAGCACAGUAUGUUAAGAGAGCGUUGUUCAUCGCGGCACUGCCCGACUUUCCCCUCGCACCCGGUUGGGCCGAGCAGCUUGAUACUCGGGUGCGCAAUGAUAUCAAGACGCGGGACCAGAUAAGAGCCUACCUCCGCUCUGUUGACCAAGAGCAUAUCGGCCUCUUCAUCAAGAUCUGUUUCGACGGAGUCCGCCUGAAAGGCAUGGACGGCACUGACCGCAUCGUCGAGAACUGUCUCAAGCACAUGGUCGACGUUGCCUCGCUUGCGCCCGCCAGUACCAUUAACUACGUUGCCGGUUCCGCCUAUCUCUUGCAGAAAUGCACGACCGCCAAUAACAGACACAUCCGUGCCGCUGCCGCUCAGGCGGUUGGAAUUCUGCUUCCUCACCCCCUUAACAAGGCGGACUUGGCGAUUCCGGAGGCAGUCCCACAUCAGACGAGGAACGAAAACAUUCAAAAGUUCUUGCGAGAUCUGAAGGUCAUGAUUUACGGAUGGGAGAACUCUUAUGGUGCUGCUGCCAACGCCGUUGAAGGAUCGCUGCAGGCAUUCGGCCACAUCUUCUCUAGGGCUGUGUAUUACGGUCUACCCAUCCCGAGCGAUGUUCACUUGCCUCCUAAGCUGCUCAUGGACAAGUCCCACCAGCGCCCGGCGUUGGAAGAUGCGAUUCUCGACUGCUAUGCAGAGCUUUGGACCGCCGGUCUUUCGCAGUACAUCCCGGAUAACGUUAAUAACUUGACGGCGGAUUACGUGAUCGAGAGACUCACCGAGAAGGCAGCCGCCGGAAGCGACAAAGCCAUCUUCGCGCUUGGUCGUCUGGCACUUGCGUUCAACGAGCCCAACGAGGAGCCAACCCCCGAAGACGGCCUGUUAUACCCCUCGAGCAAGACAUCAGGCAUCGACAACGUUUUGCGCGGUCUCUUCGCUGUUCAUACCAGGAAGGAGACCGAGAUCCAGUUCACCGUUGGCGAGGCCAUCACUGCAGCGAUUGCUUGCUGGGAAUCUGACUUUGUCAAGUUGUCCAUGAACAUCGAUAGCACCGAUGGCCCUUGGAAGAAGACCAAGCGAAGCAAGAGAAUCACCGCUGUUCUCGACAAAAUCUUCAGGGACUGCAAGACCACCAAGCCUUCACUACUCAAAGCUUCCGGUAUCUGGCUCUUCUGCGUCGUCCAGUACUGCGGCCAUCUUGAGGAGGUCCAGUCUCGACUUCGUGAGGCUCAGGCUGCUUUUAUGAGGCUUCUGAGUGCGAGAGACGAAUUGGUUCAGGAGACUGCUUCCCGCGGUCUGUCUUUGGUAUAUGAGAAGGGAGAUGAAGAGCUGAAGCAGGACCUCGUCAAGGAUCUCGUCUCCGCAUUCACUGGCAACAGUACGCAGAUCAAGGUCGAGGAGGAGACUGAGCUAUUUGAGCCCGGUGCUCUGCCCACAGGCGAGGGCAAGUCUGUUACCUCAUACAAGGACAUUGUUAGCCUGGCGAACGAGGUUGGUGAUCAGAGCCUGGUUUACAAGUUCAUGUCUCUAGCAACAAACGCUGCCACUUGGUCGACUCGAUCCGCAUUUGGUCGUUUCGGCCUCAGCAACAUCCUCUCCGAGUCAGAGGUCGACCCCAAGCUGUACCCGAAGCUAUUCCGUUACCGCUUCGACCCGAACAGCAACGUGCAGCGCUCCAUGGACGACAUCUGGAAGGCUUUGGUCAAGAACCCGAACGAGACCAUCAGUGAGCACUUUGACGCCAUCAUGCAGGAUCUGCUCAAGAACAUCCUUGGCAAGGAAUGGCGCGUGCGCCAGGCCAGCUGUGGCGCUAUCUCCGACCUCAUCUCAGGCCAGCCGUUCAACAAGUAUGAGAAGUACUAUGCCGAGAUCUGGACCGCCGCGCUCAAGGUUCUGGAUGACGUCAAGGGAUCCGUCAGAGAGGCUGCGCUGAAGCUAUGCAUGGGCCUGACCAAUACCAUUGUCCGCCAACUCGAGGAGGGCGGCGCCUCGUCGUCGGCUCAGGCUAUGCUGAAGCAGGCCCUUCGGUUCCUUCUCUCCCCCAGCGGCCUCGAGAGCGGCGUCGAAGACGUCAAGAUGUUUUCUCUCAAGACCAUCAUCGACAUCACCAAGAAGGGCGGACCUAACCUGAAGCCCUUCAUUGUAGACUUUAUCCCUCCGCUGCUGGGCCUACACAGCACCAUCGAGCCGGAACAGAUCAACUACGCUUACCAGAAGGUCAGCGAAGACUCGCGUGACCAGAUUGACAAGAUCAGGGCUCAAUGGGUCAACCAGUCGCCAAUCUCAGAGGCUAUCGACAACUGUCUUAGACAACUAGACGCCGAUGGUAUGAAACAGCUUGCACCCAAACUCGAGGAGAUCAUUAAGACGGCCAUCGGCAUGCCGACCAAGAUUGCCUGCGCCAGACUCAUUGGUGAUCUUGUUAUGCGCCACGCUGUCGACUUCAAGCCCGUGUCGUCCCGAUUCAUGCAGUUGAUGGAGAAGCAGUCUCUCGACCGCAACGACGAGGUCAGCAAGGGCUACGCCAAGGCCGUAGGUUAUCUCAUGCGCAUCGUUCCCGAUGCGGCCAAGGAGAGGCUGGUCGACAAGUUCACGGAGUUUUAUUUUAACAGCGAAGACGAGGCCCGCCGCGCAAAGGUGUCCGACGUCGUCCUUAGUGUUUCAAAGCUCGCUCCUGAUCACUUCAAUGCGCUGGCUACCAAGUUCGUCCCAUUCACGUACAUGGGCAUGCAUGAUACCGACGAGUAUACCCGCAAGUGUUUCGAUGAAGUGUGGAACCAGCACGGUGGCAGCUCCCGCACUGUCGCACGCUACGUCCCCGAGAUCGUGGGCUUCAUCAAGAAGGGCCUCGAGGCGCCGAGAUGGAACCUACAGCACACCGCCUGCUUCACUAUCGCCAGCAUGGUCAAGGCCGUAGUCGCCUCCAGUGAUGCCACUGGCGGUCAGAUGUCCGAGACGAAUCUGAAGCAGAUCUGGCCCGUCAUGGAUAAAGGACUCGCAUUAAAAACCUUCCCUGGCAAGGAGAGGCUCCUAGAGUCUUUCCCGCAGUUCGUCGGCAAGGGCCAGGCUCUCUGGGAAAACGACUCGGCCAUUGGUGCGCAACAGCAGAAGAUAGCCAUUCGCGAGGCGAAGCGCAACAACGAGGACUACCGUCCCCACGCCUUCAAGGCCUUCUGGCAGUUUGCCGAGCAGCGCGAGGACGUAGACUUGCUUGACACCAUCGCCACCGUCGUCAGCGGUCCGCUCGACGACUUUGUUGACGAGGAUAGGAUGGAUGUCGAUAGCUCAGGGGAUGCGACUCGCAAAGCGGCUGUCAACAGUAUCGAGGCCAUCGCGAGGGGCUACAAUCGUGCUCAGAUGAGGGAGAACCCCAGCGCUGUCCUGAAGAAGGUUUUUGAGCUGCUGAAAACGUAUCUUGCCCACCAGAAGUUCGAGGGCAUCAAGCGUGAGGUCUGGUACGAGUGCGUCAAAGAUCUGAUGGAGGCUGCUGAGAAUCCCUCCACGACCGAGACCAAGGAGGUUGCCCUGGCGUACCUUCAGAGCCUGGACCCCGAGUCCAUCGACAACGGAACUGAGGCCCAGCGCAACAUGCGGGCCCUUGCUAUUGGCGGUGUUUUUAAGGCGUUGAACCGUGGCGUAUUUGGUUCAGCGCCGACAACGGACGAGAAGAAGGGGUUCGUCAACAUGGUGAAGACGGCCCUCGCAGCGGAGAGGUCUUUGGAGGUGCAGAAGCACCUCAAGGAUGUACUUGGGGAGCUGGAGAAGUAG